AUGUUGGAUUUCCCGAGGGCAGAAAGUGCAAAGUGCAUCAUCCAACAAGACCAGCUGCGGCGCUACAUCGAGAUCAAGCAGUCCGACCUUCCUUCGUCGGUCGCGGCCAAGAAGACGCGAGAGUUCCGCUGCCCCCCUCGUGAGCAGAUGAACGCCAUCCUCGGCUUCAAGACGCUCACUGACGAGGAGCUCGAGGAGUCGCCUUGUCGAGAGGAGCUGAGGGCUGUCCUCAUGGACUUCCACGACCUCCUGAUGGUCAAGGCCAAGAUCCCUGCAAUCGUUAAUGCAUACCCGUCUUCGUCCCUCCUGCAGGAAUCACCGGAACCCGAAUCGAAGGGCGUGAUGUCGAAGGUCCUUGCCAUCCUCAGCGGGAACAAGGAGGAGGCUCCGGAACCCCCGGCCAAGGAACCCAUCGCCCUCGACAGCGCCGACAAGUUCAAGAAGGUCCUGGUGAACACGAUCGUUCGCUGGGCAUCCGAAACCUUCAUCGAGAACCCUAUUCUUAUCAGGGAGAUGUUCAGCCUGUUACUGCGACAGUAUAACAGCAUCGGGGAGCUAAUGACGGCCCUGGAGAAGACCUACGUCAUCAGCAGCAACACCAAGAAGGACGUGGAGACACUGUGGCUGUGCCUGAGUAAAGUGCGAGCUCUCCUGCCUGUCCAGAUGUCGCAGGAGGAGGAGGAGCUCAUGAGGGAGUUGCUGUGGACUCUCGUGAACAACCACAUCUUCUUCCAACACCCCGACCUCAUUCGCAUCCUCCGAGUUCACGAGAACGUUAUGGCCGUUAUGAUGAACACCCUCGGGCGUCGUGCUCAGGCCCAGAACGAGACUCAGGCCGUCGAGGGCGAGGCCGCGCAAGCCAAGGAGAAGGACACCUCGCACGAGAUGGUGGUCGCUUGCUGCAAGUUCCUUUGUUACUUCUGCCGGACGAGUCGCCAGAACCAGAAGGCCAUGUUCGACCACCUGCCGUUCCUGCUGGAUAACUCGAACAUCCUGCUCUCGAGGCCCUCCCUGCGCGGCACGACUCCGCUCGACGUGGCCUACUCCUCGCUCAUGGACAACACCGAGCUGGCUCUGGCUCUCAGAGAGCAUCACUUGGAGAAGAUCGCCGUCUACCUGUCCAGGUGUGGUCUCCAGAGCAACAGCGACCUUGUGGAGCGCGGGUACCCAGAUCUCGGUUGGGAUCCCGUGGAGGGCGAGCGCUAUCUCGACUUCCUUCGCUUCUGCGUGUGGGUCGGAGGCGAGAGUGUGGAGGAAAACGCCAACUUGGUCAUCCGUCUGCUGAUCCGCCGCCCAGAGUGCCUGGGUCCCGCACUCAGGGGUGAGGGCGAAGGCCUCCUCUGCGCCAUCAUCGACGCUAACAAGAUGUCCGAACGCAUUGCCCUUCAGCGCCUGGGUGCCGAGGCCGAGGGCGUCGUGCCCAUCGAGCACCCAAUGCCCGCGGGAGACGACGACGAGGACUACGUGGACACCGGCGCCGCCAUUCUCAACUUCUACUGCACCCUGGUCGACCUCAUGGGCCGCUGUGCCCCAGAGGCCAAUGUCAUCGCCCAGGGCAAGAAUGACAGCCUCCGUGCCCGGGCUAUUCUCCGCUCCCUCGUGCCCCUGGAGGACCUACAGGGCGUCCUUUCGCUGCGAUUCACGCUGUCCAACUCCUCCGAUGAAGGCAGGAGCGACAUGCCCCCGGGCCUCAUCCCCGCCCAUAAGCAGAGCGUCGUGCUCUUCCUCGAGCGUGUCUACGGCAUGAAUAACAAGGACCUUUUCUUCAGCCUCCUCGAGGACGCUUUCCUGCCUGACCUGAGAGCCGCCACGGCACUCGAUAAGUCCGACGGCUCCGAGUCCGAAAUGGGUCUCGCCCUCAACCGCUACAUCGGAAACUCCAUCCUGCCGGCGCUCAUCUCGCACUCCAGCUUCUACGCCGAGGCUGAGGCCCACGCGCCCCUGCUGGAUGCCACGCUCCACACCGUCUAUAGGCUCUCCAAGUGCAAGAUCCUGACGAAGGGCCAGCGAGAGGCCGUGUCCGACUUCCUGGUGGCUCUGACUCGCGAGAUGCAGCCGGCUGCCCUCCUGCCGCUCCUCCGCAAGCUGACCAUUGACGUGUCCAAGUUGUCAGAGUACACCACCGUCGCCCUCAGGCUGCUGACCCUGCACUACGAGCGUUGCGGAAAGUACUACGGCUCCUCCUCCAACACCCCUGGCACCGCCUCCGAGGAAGAGAAGCGCCUGACCAUGAUGCUCUUCACCAACAUCUUCGACUCCCUGGCCAAGAUGGAGUACGACCCAGACCUGUUCGGCAAGGCUCUGCCGUGCCUCUCAGCCAUCGGUUGUUCUUUGCCCCCCGACUACUCGCUCACCCACGGCUACGACGACGAGCUCUACAACACCGCCUCCUGCGCCGAGGGCCCCUACAAGCCCGCCCCCAUCAGCACGGAUGAGGUGCAGUUGGACCAGGACAUCGUGGACCUGAUCAACAAGUUCAGCGAGCACUACCACGACGCCUGGGCCUCGCGCAAGCUGGAGAGCGGCUGGACCUAUGGUGAAGCCUACUCCAUUGAGGACAAGAUGCAUCCCAGACUCAAGCCUUAUUCUAUGCUGUCGGAUUACGAGCGGGAACGAUACCGCGAGCCCGUGAGGGAAGCCAUCAAGGCCCUUCUUGCCCUCAGCUGGAACAUCGAGUACGAGAGCAUGGAGAACACGAGCGCCGGCCGAGAGCAGCUGCACCGUCAGGACACCGUAAGUUCUUGCGUGGGAGUAAUUUCUUUAGGAGGAAUAGAGAUUCCAGUCAAGUAG